UACAGUACUUGCUGUUUUCUCUUAGUUUCCAGCUAUUGUUAAAAUGAAAGCGGUUAUCAAAAAACUUCGCUUUCGUGCCGUUAGGUCGGCGUUACGGUCGGCCGUUUCCUGACACGUGCAGUACAAACCAAUCACGUGAUCGGCUGGCUGGAAGUUUUGCGAGUUCGUGACCCCAUCAGUCGCUCACUACUACAGAAAACGGCGACAAUGAGACCGAGAUCAGAUUCUCCAGAUUUCCCUGUCAGGGAUACAGUAAUACACACAGUCACUCAUCCCCUCGAAAAUGAAGCGAUGAUGGAUCAUGAAGAAACGGGUGAAUCUGCCAUUAAUCUGUCCACUAACCACACGACACGUUCCGCUUCGUCGCCGACACCAAACGGCAGUGUCGAUGUCAAAAACGGAGACGUUCAGACUUCCAAACCACAGAGAUCCAAAUUAAGCCAUUCUAUAUCUGAUGGCUCAUCUCUGUUAUCUCUUUCUCCAUCGUUAUUAAUGAUGAAUCCACAAUUAUUGGUUCGUCAGCAGAUGCAACAGCUUUUACAACAACAAGUUCUUUCUCCAACUCAGAUUCAACAAUUAUUGCAUCAACAACAAUCCUUAUUUUUACAACAACAGCAACAGCAACAACAAUUAAAACAGCUUGAAUCGAUGAUACCGCAUCUUCAAGAACAACUGCAGCUAAACAUGGUUCAGCAAACACAAAUAUUACAGCAACUUAAUAGCGCCACUUCGGGUUCGGGAGAAAAAGUUAAUAAUCGUCAUCAGUUGCAAGUUCAACUACAGCAACUCGCUGUGCAACAACAUCAGUUGAUGCAACAGAUACAAUUAGGCCAUCAACAGUAUUUCUUAGGUCUUUCUCCAAAUGAUCUCCAAAAUUUUUGGAAAGAAGGAAAUGGUAAUCAAGAAGAGAAUGGAGCAAAAUUGACAGGACUUAAUGGAUUGUUACAUUCCCCUCCAUUAAUUAGCAACCAAACUUCAACAUCUUCCCAAGCUGUCAAUGGCCAAACAGAUGUAUCCACAUCAUUCAAUCAACCAUCUAGUUCCAUUUCUACAUUAAAGGAAGAAGUUAAUAGUGCCUCAAGUCCUUCCAAGCAUCCUUUGUACGGUCAUGGCGUCUGUCGGUGGCCUGGUUGUGAAACUGUAUGUGAUACACAACAGGCAUUUUUAACUUCCAAACCACAGAGAUCCAAAUUAAGCCAUUCUAUAUCUGAUGGCUCAUCUCUGUUAUCUCUUUCUCCAUCGUUAUUAAUGAUGAAUCCACAAUUAUUGGUUCGUCAGCAGAUGCAACAGCUUUUACAACAACAAGUUCUUUCUCCAACUCAGAUUCAACAAUUAUUGCAUCAACAACAAUCCUUAUUUUUACAACAACAGCAACAGCAACAACAAUUAAAACAGCUUGAAUCGAUGAUACCGCAUCUUCAAGAACAACUGCAGCUAAACAUGGUUCAGCAAACACAAAUAUUACAGCAACUUAAUAGCGCCACUUCGGGUUCGGGAGAAAAAGUUAAUAAUCGUCAUCAGUUGCAAGUUCAACUACAGCAACUCGCUGUGCAACAACAUCAGUUGAUGCAACAGAUACAAUUAGGCCAUCAACAGUAUUUCUUAGGUCUUUCUCCAAAUGAUCUCCAAAAUUUUUGGAAAGAAGGAAAUGGUAAUCAAGAAGAGAAUGGAGCAAAAUUGACAGGACUUAAUGGAUUGUUACAUUCCCCUCCAUUAAUUAGCAACCAAACUUCAACAUCUUCCCAAGCUGUCAAUGGCCAAACAGAUGUAUCCACAUCAUUCAAUCAACCAUCUAGUUCCAUUUCUACAUUAAAGGAAGAAGUUAAUAGUGCCUCAAGUCCUUCCAAGCAUCCUUUGUACGGUCAUGGCGUCUGUCGGUGGCCUGGUUGUGAAACUGUAUGUGAUACACAACAGGCAUUUUUAAAGCAUCUAAAUACUGAACAUCAAUUAGAUGAUCGAAGUACUGCCCAGGCUCGUGUUCAAAUGCAAGUUGUAUCACAACUAGAACUUCAGUUGUCAAAGGAAAAAGAAAGGCUUCAAGCUAUGAUGCAGCAUUUGCAUAUGACACAGCCAUCUCCAUCUAAUAACAAUUCAUCUACUUCCAAAACAGAUACAAGAAGUAGAAAAAUUAAUAAUAAUUUAUUUAAAAAUUUAUUUUAUCAUUUUUCUAGGCAUCUAAAUACUGAACAUCAAUUAGAUGAUCGAAGUACUGCCCAGGCUCGUGUUCAAAUGCAAGUUGUAUCACAACUAGAACUUCAGUUGUCAAAGGAAAAAGAAAGGCUUCAAGCUAUGAUGCAGCAUUUGCAUAUGACACAGCCAUCUCCAUCUAAUAACAAUUCAUCUACUUCCAAAACAGAUACACCAGCAACAUCCUCAACAAAAGUAUCUCGUCUUUCACCACAACUUUCAACAAUUGCUUCCAGUUCCUCCUCGCCCUCUCUCUCUGCAGCUGUAACAACUAUGUCUACUUCUACAGCAAUAGUGCCAGUACCAAGAUUAUUACCACAAGUGCUUCAACCACCAGCACCCAGUAAUGUUGGACCAAUGAGGCGGAGAUUGGGAGAUAAAAAUUAUUCUCCAAUUUCAGGUUUAGAUGUACCACUUCUUCCUGAUUCACCAAUUAGGAGGAGAGUGGCAGAAAGGUCAAAUCUUGAUAUCAAUGAAGAAAUUAACAGGAACAGAGAAUUUUAUAGAACUGCUGAUGUUAGACCACCAUUUACAUAUGCUUCACUUAUCAGGCAGGCAAUUGUUGAGGCACCUGAUAAACAGCUAACUUUAAAUGAAAUAUACAACUGGUUCCAAAAUACGUUCUGCUAUUUCCGAAGAAAUGCAGCUACAUGGAAAGUAGAUAGAGUAACACAAUACUGUAAAGGGGCAGUGGUAUAUCCAGAAUCUGAACUAGAGAUGGCAACUCAUACUAGUUUCAAGGAAAUGGGGAGGGAGAGCUCUGUGCUAUCACUAUCACAAUCACAGGAAACGCCAAAUCAGGUUGGAAGUCCUCCAUUGCAUCACAAUCCUGGAUUGUAUGGUGAUAGCUUAAAUGCAUCUCUCCAGGCUGCAUUAGCAGAAAACAAUAUGUCUUUCUUGAAUAACACAACUAAUUCUAGUUCAUUAAUGUCUGGUUCUCUUUUAACUUUGGCAUCUACAUCAAGUCCAAACCCUGCAUUCAUUGAAUCUGAUUGUUUAGGUACAGAUAUGAUGAAUCAAAAUGCAACAAAUGAAAAAAUUUCAAGCACAGAAAUAGAAGUAAAGCAGGAACCAUUGUCAAAUGAUCCAAAUGAUUCAGAUAAUGGAAAAUCUCAUUAUUUCACUGAUGAUUCGCAACAAGAAGAAACAAAGUGUCAGAGUAGUGAGGCUUCAGGAGAUAUGGAUGUUGCUGAAGAUUUGUCAUUAUCAUCAUCUGAAACCCAUUUAGCUCCAUGUCCAAGAGGUGGCUGCCUAUAAAUUGUGUUCAAUUCUUUUGUGUUAUGGUUAUACCUCAUUGUUCAUAAUGUCUCCUUGUACCAAAAAAAAAAGGAGUUAGAAGAUCCUGCACAAUUCCUGACUUGAAGCAGGAUAAAUUCAAGACAUAAGAUAGAAUGUGGUGACUCAAAGAGUAUUGUGUAGAGUUAUUUCUUUUCUUUCCAUCGUAUCAAAAAAUGAACUAUAUAUAUAUAUAUUAUAUGAUUGAAUCGAUGUGUAAAUGAAAAGAAAUAAGGCAGUUGCCAAACAAGAAAACAAUCAUUCCUAUGGUUAGAAUUCCAAGAUGAGAAGAUUAUGUGACCAAAACAUUUCAAUUAAGCUUUCUUCUUUUCAUACAAAAUAAAAACGGGUAAUUGUACCGAGAUAGGUGCACACCCUAGUCGAUGAAGUGUCUUUGGCCAUGUACAGUGGUAUUGUUUGAAAAAGAGUUUUGUGAUGUCAUCAUAUUAACAGUAUUCCACAUUUUCUCUUUUGUUAUUUCUGUACAAUUGGUCUUUAGCUAUGGUCACAAAUUAUUUUAUUUCUAAUAUUAUGUAAGGAUUUAUUUAACUGUUAAAUUAACAGUUAGUUUAGAGUAAUGCAGAAAAGCACAGGUUUUGUUUAGAAGCGCACAAUGCAUACUAAGAUAUUGCUUAUGUUGUGUUACUCUCUAGAGCUGUAUAAGUAACAUAGACUUUGUCUGGUGUACUUUUUUUAAAAUAAGUCUCUUUUGUAUAUGUCCACAGUAGAAGUGUUAGUUCAAAUAUUGGAAAUAUAAGUAUGACAUAUAGCAGCUUACAUAUCAUAAUUAAGACUAUCACUAAAUUACAAGAGUGAAGAUGAUCGUUGGCAACGAGUUGCAUUAAUCAAUAUGAUAUAAAAAAUAUUGUCACGUCCAUGCCUCAAAGUGUAAGUAAAAAUUACAGGAUACGUCCACAGCAUAGAUGAUGCAACAAAGUAUUCUCUCCUAUUUAUUUCUAACAUUGCAUUUUUUUAACAACAUUUUGUAGCACCUGUUGAAAGACUUAAAAUCAUAGCUUUAUAAUGAGAAUUAUCAUUUGGGAGCUUAAAAAAAAUUAACAUUUUUGGCAUUUUUACACACUUGUUAACAUGGCAUACAAACUUUUUAAUCAAUUAUAUUGUAAAUAGUGAUUAGGAAAUUUAUAGAUAAAUAAUGCUUCCUUUGAAGUCUAUGAGAUAUAUCUGCCUUCCAGUGCCAUCAGUUUCCAUUAGUAUAAAAGGAUUUUUGCUUCUAAUAAAUAAAUUAUUUUAACUUCCAAUGUGGAUAUCAGACUGAAUAAAUUAAAAGUAAAAUAAUAAAGCAAACAAAAGUGAAGUGGUACGUUAGUGAUAAGUCGUCAGGAAUUGUGCGGAUAUAAUAGAUAAAUUAGCAAUAAAUGUCUAUAGUAGAUAGAAGUAAAGAAAAAAUAACAUAGUUAUAAAUAAAGAAAAUUGUCACUAGAUUGAUAAGAAAUAUGAAAGAUAUUUCAGUCUGAUGUGAUGUUUAACCAAAAUAUUUCAUAGUAAUGUAUAAUUGAAUAUAAGCUAUUAUGAACUGGGGUUUGAAAUGCAAUAACUAAUUUUAUUUUCCCUCUCACAACUCCAGAAUUCAAUCUGUCAUUAAAAAUAAGGUAUUUUUAUAGAUUGCACAAUAGUUUCAGGGGCCAUUGUAGUAACAAAUCAUCCAAAGAAAAAAUAAAUUAUCGUAGUUAUGUUUUUUGUUUUUUUUUUUGUUUUUGACUGGGAGACUGAUGGAAUUCACUCUUGCAAGUAUAUAUCAUUUUAUCUAACCACAAAACUGCUGAUUUGACAAUACGGAUCUGAUUGAAUAAUCUAGUCCUUAGGAGAGUUCCUCUAGCAUUUUUACAAAUAUUUAUAGCACAAAAAAGUCUUGUUAAAAAUUGUAGAAAUUGUCUGUGGACCAGUAAAUUGCCAGCCAAAGGACUAACUACUUUUACUGGACUGCAGUCAGUCACAGCAAUAAUCACUUGUUAAUUGUCCUGUAUUACAACUGACGGGGAUAUAUGCUGCAUGGAUAGGUCAUUUGUAACCCCGAAUGAAGGACCAAAAUAAAGCAGCAAGUAAAAUAUA